AAUCGGAUGAAAGAACCAAGACCAAGAUGGCCGCCCCAAAUAAUAAAUAAAUGAACGGUGGAAUAAACGCGUUAAUUUAAUAAUUUUAAAAGACAUACACGGGCCCCCCGCUCGGUACCCCCAUUUGAUUUAAUGCGUUUUUCAUAAAAAAGAUGAACGGAAUGUUGCCGUCGUUCAAUCCGCCGGUGGUGCGGCGCCUCCUCGGCUGGAAAAAAGGCUCCGAUUCGGAUGACAAAUGGUGCGAAAAGGCCGUCAAGUCGUUGGUGAAGAAAUUAAAGAAAUCGGGGGCCCUGGAGGAGCUCGAACGGGCGAUUUCCUCGCAGAACCACAACACGAGAUGCGUUACGGUGCCCAGAGUGCGCCCUAACACAGACAUAAACAACAUCCAACAACAAAGAAAAGGUCUACCGCACGUGAUCUACUGCAAACUGUGGCGCUGGCCCGAACUACAAUCCCACCAUGAAUUGAGGGCCUUGGACCAUUGCGAGUUCGCCUUUACCCUUAAAAAAGAUGAGGUGUGCGUCAACCCUUAUCACUACACCAAAAUAGAGAGCCCCGCGUUGCCAGUCAUUUUAGUCCCGAGACAAACCUGCGAUGACAACAACUUGUUUCCACACUCCUUGGAAGACUUGAGCACCUCCGUACCGGAAAACACUUCGUUUCCACACAAUACAAACUCCUUAAGUAUUAUGCAGCAACAUGCCAGAAGUUUUAUGGAUACUGUAGGAAUGUGCCCCAACGGUACCCCCACUGGUAUGGAAUCCCCUUUGAGUAUUGUGCCCCCCACUGAAACCCCACCACCCGGUUACAUGUCUGAAGAUGGCGAUCCUAUUGACCCUAAUGAUAAUAUGAGUUUAUCGAGGCUUACCCCAAGUCCCCCAGUGGACGCCCAACCGGUAAUGUACUGUGAACCCGCUUUUUGGUGCAGUAUCAGUUAUUAUGAGCUGAAUACUCGGGUUGGGGAAACUUUUCAUGCCAGUCAGCCUUCGAUUACGGUGGACGGGUUUACAGAUCCUAGUAAUUCAGAAAGGUUUUGUUUGGGUUUACUGUCAAAUGUUAAUAGAAACACAGUGGUGGAGCAGACGAGACGACACAUCGGCAAAGGGGUGAGGCUGUACUAUAUCGGGGGCGAGGUGUUCGCCGAAUGCCUGAGCGACUCGAGUAUUUUCGUACAAUCGCCGAAUUGUAACCAAAGAUACGGAUGGCAUCCCGCCACCGUCUGUAAAAUACCACCCGGUUGUAACCUAAAAAUAUUCAACAAUCAAGAAUUCGCCGCUUUACUCUCCCAAUCGGUCAGCCAGGGGUUCGAGGCGGUGUUCCAGCUGACCAGGAUGUGCACAAUCAGAAUGUCCUUCGUUAAGGGUUGGGGUGCAGAAUACCGGCGUCAAACGGUUACGUCCACCCCCUGUUGGAUCGAACUGCACCUGAACGGACCUCUCCAGUGGUUGGAUCGGGUGCUGACCCAAAUGGGUUCCCCCAGGUUACCGUGCAGCUCGAUGUCCUAAAACCGGCACCGACGAAAAUCCCGUUUAAAGUGCGUUUGAGUGCAUAUCGUGAGGAGGUGUUUCCUAAAUAAUCGAAGACAUGUGUGCCACAUAUGAAGUACAAAUAAUCAUUCAAAAAAAAAAAAAAAACACUUCCUUUAUAUGUGUUUAGUAUUUGUUUAAGACCAUGUAAUUCGGGACACCCUGUAUGUUUAUAAAUGUAAGAAGCUUGGCUACUAAAUAUCUUGUCUUGCCUCCCAAGACGGUUUAUUUUAUUUUGUAGGCUUGUUUGAAUGACAGUUAUAGCUUUAUAUUUUAUUUUGUACAAAUGUUAUUGUACUUUUAUUGCAGGAAUUACGUUUUUUAUUAUAUAUAGGGUAUUUAAAGAUUGUUUGAUAGUUUACCCCCAAAAAUGAUAAGCAGAAAAUGGAUGUUUAAUGAUUAUUGGACUAGGAACACGGUUUAUUAAGGGUCUUUAGUUGAUUAAAAUACAAGAAUGCGUGGGAAAUGUUUUGUUGUUUAAACCAUUAAGGUAUAUAUGUGAUUUUUUUACGGGCAGGUAAAAAACGCUGGCAUUUUUUUGCUUUAAGGGUUAGUAACAAAUAUUUUUAUUUAUAGUAAUUUUAAAUAGUUAUCUUACUAAGAAAUUUAAAUAUUAAGUAUGUGGCUUUGAUAGGUCACGAAUGACAGUCUGUCAAAGUUGAGCCUUUUUCACCCUUUUGAUGAGCAAAACAUGCUUUUCAAAAAUUGCUGUCAUUUUGUUGGUUUAAUGUUUAGCAACAAAAAGUUUUUUUAAUUGUAAUAUUGAAUCAUUUUUUUACAAUAAAAUGCAAUUUUAAAGUAUGUGGCUUUGACAGGUCACGAAUGACAGUCUGUCAAAGUUGAGCCUUUUUCACCCUUUUGAUGAGCAAAACAUGCUUUUCAAAAAUUGCUGUCAUUUUGUUGGUUUAAUGUUUAGCAACAAAAAGUUUUUUUAAUUGUAAUUUUGAAUCAUCUUUUUAUAAUAAAAUGUAAUUUUAAAGUAUGUGGCUUUGACAGGUCACGAAUGACAGUCUGUCAAAGUUGAGCCUUUUUCACCCUUUUGAUGAGCAAAACAUCCUUUCAAAAAUUGCUGUAAUUUUUUUGCUUUAAUGUUUAGCAACAAAAAGUUUUUUUUAUGGUAAUUUUGAAUCAUUUUUUUAUAAUAAAAUCCAAAUUUGAAGUAUGUGGCUUUGACAGGUCACAAAUGACAGUCUGUCAAAGUUGAGCCAUUUUCACCCUUUUGAUGAGCAAAACGUGUUUUUCAAAAAUUGCUGUCAUUUUGUUGCUUUAAUGUUUAGCAACAAAAAGUUUCUUUUAUUGUAAUUUUGAAUAAUUUUUUUAUAAUAAAAUGCAAUUUUGAAGUAUGUGGCUUUGACAGGUCACGAAUGACAGUCUGUCAAAGUUGAGCCAUUUUCACCCUUUUGAUGAGCAAAACAUGCUUUUUAAAAAUUGCUGUAAUUUUUUUGCUUUAAUGUUUAGCAACAAAAAGUUUCUUUUAUUGUAAUUUUGAAUCAUUUUUUUAUAAUAAAAUGCAAUUUUGAAGUAUGUGGCUUUGACAGGUCACGAAUGACAGUCUGUCAAAGUUGAGCCAUUUUCACCCUUUUGAUGAGCAAAACGUGUUUUUCAAAAAUUGCUGUCAUUUUGUUGCUUUAAUGUUUAGCAACAAAAAGUUUCUUUUAUUGUAAUUUUGAAUAAUUUUUUUAUAAUAAAAUGCAAUUUUGAAGUAUGUGGCUUUGACAGGUCACGAAUGACAGUCUGUCAAAGUUGAGCCAUUUUCACCCUUUUGAUGAGCAAAACAUGCUUUUUAAAAAUUGCUGUAAUUUUUUUGCUUUAAUGUUUAGCAACAAAAAGUUUCUUUUAUUGUAAUUUUGAAUCAUUUUUUUAUAAUAAAAUGCAAUUUUGAAGUAUGUGGCUUUGACAGGUCACGAAUGACAGUCUGUCAAAGUUGAGCCAUUUUCACCCUUUUGAUGAGCAAAACAUGCUUUUUAAAAAUUGCUGUCAUUUUGUUGUUUUAAUGUUUAGCAACAAAAAGUUUCUUUUAUUGUAAUUUUGAAUCAUUUUUUUAUAAUAAAAUGCAAUUUUGAAGUAUGUGGCUUUGACAGGUCACGAAUGACAGUCUGUCAAAGUUGAGCCUUUUUCACCCUUUUGAUGAGCAAAACGUGCUUUUCAAAAAUUGCUGUCAUUUUGUUGGUUUAAUGUUUAGCAACAAAAAGUUUUUUUUAUGGUAAUUUUGAAUCAUUUUUUUAUAAUAAAAUCCAAAUUUGAAGUAUGUGGCUUUGACAGGUCACAAAUGACAGUCUGUCAAAGUUGAGCCAUUUUCACCCUUUUGAUGAGCAAAACGUGUUUUUCAAAAAUUGCUGUCAUUUUGUUGCUUUAAUGUUUAGCAACAAAAAGUUUCUUUUAUUGUAAUUUUGAAUAAUUUUUUUAUAAUAAAAUGCAAUUUUGAAGUAUGUGGCUUUGACAGGUCACGAAUGACAGUCUGUCAAAGUUGAGCCAUUUUCACCCUUUUGAUGAGCAAAACAUGCUUUUUAAAAAUUGCUGUAAUUUUUUUGCUUUAAUGUUUAGCAACAAAAAGUUUCUUUUAUUGUAAUUUUGAAUCAUUUUUUUAUAAUAAAAUGCAAUUUUGAAGUAUGUGGCUUUGACAGGUCACAAAUGACAGUCUGUCAAAGUUGAGCCUUUUUCACCCUUUUGAAGAGCAAAACAUGCUUUUCAAAAAUUGCUGUCAUUUUGUUGCUUUAAUGUUUAACAACAAAAAGUUUCUUUUAUGGUAAUUUUGAAUCAUUUUUUUAUAAUAAAAUGCAAUUUUAAAGUAUGUGGUUUUGACAGGUCACGAAUGACAGUCUGUCAAAGUUGAGCCAUUUUUAGCCUUUUGAUGAGCAAAACAUGCUUUUCAAAAAUUGCUGUAAUUUUGUUGGUUUAAUGUUUAGCAAGAAAAAGUUUUUUUUAUUGUAAUUUUGAAUCAUUUUUUUAUAAUAAAAUGCAAUUUUGAAGUGUGUGACUUUGACAGGUCACGAAUGACAGCCUGUCAAAGUUGACCCAUUUUUACCUUUUUAAUAAGCAAAAGAUGCUUUUCAAAAAUUGCUGUAAUUUUGUUGCUUUAAUGUUUAGCAACAAAAAGUUUCUUUUAUUGUAAUUUUGAAUCAUUUUUUUAUAAUAAAAUGCAAUUUUAAAGUAUGUGGCUUUGACAGGUCACGAAUGACAGUCUGUCAAAGUUGAGCCAUUUUCACCCUUUUGAUGAGCAAAACAUGCUUUUUAAAAAUUGCUGUAAUUUUUUUGCUUUAAUGUUUAGCAACAAAAAGUUUCUUUUAUUGUAAUUUUGAAUCAUUUUUUUAUAAUAAAAUGCAAUUUUGAAGUAUGUGGCUUUGACAGGUCACAAAUGACAGUCUGUCAAAGUUGAGCCUUUUUCACCCUUUUGAUGAGCAAAACAUGCUUUUUAAAAAUUGCUGUCAUUUUUUUGCUUUUAUGUUUAGCAAGAAAAAGUUUUUUUUAUUGUAAUUUUGAAUCAUUUUUUUAUAAUAAAAUGCAAUUUUGAAGUAUGUGGCUUUGACAGGUCACGAAUGACAGUCUGUCAAAGUUGAGCCUUUUUCACCCUUUUGAUGAGCAAAACGUGCUUUUCAAAAAUUGCUGUCAUUUUGUUGCUUUAAUGUUUAGAAACAAAAAGAAGAAUUUUGAAUGAUUCUAUUACGAUAAAAUCCAAAUUUGAAAUACGGGCUUUGACAGAUCAUAAAUGACAGCCUGUCAAAGUUAAGCCAUUUUCACGCCCUUAAUGAGCAAAACAUGCUUUUUUAAAAAUCCUAUAAUUUCGUUACUUUAAGAUGUAGCAACAAAAAGUUUCUUUUAUCGCAUUUUUAAAUCCUUCUUUUACCAUAAAAUCCAAAUUUAAAAUCUGUGUCCUUGACAGGUCACGAAUGACAGCCUGUCAAAGUUAAGCCAUUUCCACCCUUUCAAUGGACAUACUUUACUAAAAUCGCUGUAAUUUUCUUGCUUUAAGGUUUAACAAUAAACAACCUCAUUUAUAGCAAUUUCAAAUAGUUCUUUUCCCAUAUAAUCCAAAUCUGAAAUCUGUAACUUUGAUUGAAAACCCGUCAUUGUCAUAUAAUAAUAAUCAUUAAACAUCCAACAUGUGUUGAAAUCCCCCCGUUUUUAAGCAAUAUACGAAAUUAGAGAUUAUUUUAUUGUGAAAUUGUUAGGCGUAACAUUGUAGUUGUUAUUUGAUUUGGGCCGCUUUAUUAUUCUAAGACUGUUAUAUUGGUUUAAUGUUAUCAGUUUCUCAUGAUGUUUUAUAUUUUAUAUAAAGUUUGGAACUUAUUAUUAUUAUGAUACACUUAAGUUUUGUAUGAAGGAGCCUCAAUGUCUUCUUAACCCUCUCUAUAUGGUAAAAUUUUCCAGAGAGGUGGUUAGGAGAACACGGACCGUUCCGUAUCAGUAGCUUAGUAACGUGUUAUACAUACUUUUAAAUUAGUCUUAAGCUGUAAAGGUUUCAUAUUAUUAUCUCUUAAAUUUGACCCGCAUCAUUACGAGCAUUUAAACGUAAUUAAAAAAUCAUCUAUUUUAAUAUUAAUUGUAUAGAUUUAGCGUUUAGAAAGCAACUACCAAACUGUGUAUGCUACAAAUCUUACUUUUAUUUUAAAGUAAUAUAUAUAGCCAUUGAUUUCA